UCACAACUAAAUAGAACAACAUAACCAAACUUUUAUUCGAACGUAUAUUCCAAUCGCUGAUAGACUCAAAAUAAUAACAAAAGAAAAUGUUUCAGAGUUUGUUAAAAAUACCUCAAAAUUUGGGAGGUUUGUUGAGAUCAAAGCAAUUCCCACUCGUCACACCGUCGUAUUUCAAAGGAUCAUCAACGAAUCAACAUAUUAUCGAUGGGAUUACAGGAGACGACGAAGCUGAACAAAACGGCAACACAGACCAAACGGUCACACAAAUAUACUUUGGAAGUACAGUGAAGGGUUAUUCGACGAAAGAGAGCGAUACGGAUGUUGUAAACUUUGUAAGAAUGAAUCCCAAAAUUGUUAUGAGCGAAUUUAUCUUAAACCAGAAACGAAAAAUGUCUCUAUACGGUAGUGAAGUUCACUCACCGGAAUUAAAUGGCUUACGUGGAAUAAUCACUGGAAAAUAUCCCCACUUGGCGUUGUAUCAAUAUCAAUUGCCAGAUUCGCCGCUGAAAGAACUCGUUAUGGAAUUAUCUUGUGAAUAUUGGGACCGAAUAUACAAUCAUGUUCGAAAGCCGUUUAUUUCAAGAGGUGCUAAAGGAAAAAAUGCACUUCAACAAUUAUAUCAACUUCAAGUGGCUCAUUAUAUUUUGAAGAAUCAUUCUUGCCCGAAAUUCCAUUUCAAAAUGCCUGAAUGCUUUGAAAUAACUGGCAGGCAACACUGCAAAAAACUAUUCGAUGCAUUCAUGGAAUCACGUGAAACAGAAGUUCCGCAGGAAUAUAUUGAUUUAUUGUUUAAGGAGAUACCAGAGCAAAUAGAUGAUCGAGUCCAUAAGGACGAAAUAUUUAGUGAGAAAAUUUUUAAUUACAUUUUAGAACGAAACGAGAAAAAUUGUUGCACAUGAUGCAAUAUAAUACUGUAUUUUGUAAUAAAUAAAAAAUAAUUAUUGGUAGUGCAACUUAAAAA